AUGGAAGCAAUGAAUUCUACCGGUCACUCGGUUGCAGGACCACCAGUGCAAAAUGAUAUUGCUAUCAUUGGAUAUUCUUUCAAGCUCCCACAAGACGUCAACGAUGACCAGGCAUUAUGGGAGGUCUUGGAGAAUCGCCGGAAUCUGAGAACGGAUUGGCCUUCAUCUCGAGUCAAUCCAGAAUCAUUUGUGAAUCAUCAAUUGACCAAAUUCCCAACUCAAGGUGCACAUUUUCUCAAUGAGGAUCUGGGCGCUUUCGAUGCUCCUUUCUUCUCAGUCACAACGCAAGAGGCUGCUGCUAUGGACCCAAUGCAGCGAUGGACUUUGGAGAAGUCAUAUCGAGCGUUCGAAAAUGCCGGAAUCCCAGUGGAGAAACUCAAGGGAAGUAGUACUGCCGUUUUCUCUGCGUCAAUGCUAGAGGACAAGGCUCGUAUGGUUGCCAUGGAUCCAGAAAAUACAGAGCGAACGGCUGCUACAGGGAGCGCUGUAGCAUGUGUCGUUCCAAAUCGAGUGAGUUGGUAUUUUGAUUUGCGUGGGCCCAGCAUCCACGUCAAUACAGCCUGCUCGGGAAGUUUAUCUGCAGUCGACAUGGCAUGCAAGGCAUUGUGGAGCGGUGAUGCAUCUUGUGCUCUUGUCACGGGAUGUAAUCUACUCUUGGAUCCAUCCAUCUUUCAAAUGCUCGCAACUCAGAACUUUCUCUCGCCUGAUAGUCUUUGCUAUAGCUUUGAUGAACGCGCAAAUGGGUACGCGAGAGGAGAGGGAGUUCUGGCUGUUGUGCUCAAGCCGUUUUCUGCCGCGAUUGAAGAUGGAGACAUGAUCCGUGCAGUCAUCCGCUCAACGGGCUCCAACCAAGACGGCCAUACUGCUGUGCUUACACAACCAAGUCCUCAAUCUCAGGAGGAGUUGAUUCGUCAUGUGUAUAAGAAAGCCGGUCUCUCAUUUCAUGAAACACGUUAUGUUGAAGCUCAUGGGACGGGAACUCCCGUGGGUGAUCCUAUUGAGAUGAAAGCGAUUGGCAGGGUGUUUCGAAAAAGCAGAACCACCGAUGAGCCACUUCACGUUGGAUCGGUAAAGGCUAACAUUGGACAUCUUGAAGGCGCCAGUGCAUUGGCAAGCUUGAUUAAGGCUAUCUUGAUUCUGGAAAAGGGCAUAAUCCCACCUAAUGCUCUGUUUGAGAAGCUCAACCCGGCCAUCGAUGCGGAGUUUUUCAAAAUUCAGGUUCCUGUUGAAUGUACUCCAUGGCCAACUGAAGGUCUUCGUCGAGUUUCAAUUAACUCUUUUGGAUUUGGCGGCUCAAACACACAUGUCGUUCUCGAUGAUGCGUUUCAUUACAUGCAACAACAUGGCCUUGAUGGGAAUCACUGCACAGCUCUCACUCCUGGCGCUCCAACGAAAAUUUCAAAAAUCGACAACAUAGUGCCACCUCCAUAUGAAAAUGGGAGUACGGGACAUCACGAAGCUGCCAAAGGUGCAUCUUCCACAAAUGGCGUUUCGAUUAUGAAUGGAUCAACACAUGUAAAUGGAAAUGGCGCAGUCUCGUCAACGAAUGGCUAUCAUGACAAUUUCAAACCUAACGAGGAAGAUCAUACGCUCAAGCUGCUUGUCUGGUCCGCUGCCAGUCAAAAAUCAGUAGAGGGAAUGCUCGAGAGUUAUGAGGCUGCAAGUUCAGACCUGGGACUCGAUGAUCCAUUUAACCUCGACAUUCUAGCCUUUACUCUCGCCUCACGGCGAAGUCGACUGUUGUGGAGAUCAGCUUCCGUUUGCGCGAGCUCGGAUUUGACGGAAGAGAAAGCUGCGUUUCCGCGAAGCAAGCCUGUUCGAAGCUCGGCCGACGUCGCGCUUGCAUUUGUAUUCACAGGACAAGGCGCUCAGUAUUUGGCUAUGGGAUGGGAUCUCAUUAAAUACCCAAUUUUCAACCAGACCUUGCGACAGAUUGAAGGGAUUUAUCGCUCCUUUGGGUGUCAAUGGUCGCUGUUCGAUGAGCUUCAUCAUGGAAAGAAUAUGAAUAAGCCAGAGUAUAGCCAGUCUAUCUGUACUGCUAUCCAGAUCGCUCUUGUAGAGCUUCUCGCCAGUUUUGGUAUUAUGCCAUCGGCGGUGGUGGGUCACUCCUCCGGCGAGAUUGCUGCCGCAUACACAAUUGGGGCUCUUUCACUUCAUUCGGCAUGCAAGGUGGCCUUCUUCCGGGGAAGGCUGACUGGUAGCGGUGCUGUCUCUCCAGGAAGUAUGUUGUCCAUAAACCUAGCUCAUUCUGAAGUACGCCAAUACCUCAAUGGCAUUAAGGGACCUGAUUUAGACCAGGUUGCAGUAGCUUGUAUUAACAGUCCUCUCAAUUUCACCCUUUCUGGGCCAGAAGAGGAGAUCGAGGCAAUAAAAUCUCAAGCGGAUCAAGAUGGCAUAUUUGCGCAAAAACUUAAAACAGGAGUCGCUUACCACUCAAGCGCCAUGAAGGCAAUCGCUAAUUGCUAUAUGACGUCGAUCGGGAAUAUUGAUGGUGCCGAGAGUCAGUCAAAGAAAGUCAAGGCACGAAUCCCAAUGGUCUCUUCCGUCUCUGGCAAGCUCAUUCGCCGGGAAGAAAUGGCCAAGGCGGAAUAUUGGGUUAACAACCUUGUCUCACCAGUCCGAUUUGCUGAUGCAAUUCAUGUACUAACUCAGCAGUCAUCCACGCUGAAGGUUGGUAUGAGAGGUAUUACAGAUCUUGUUGAAAUUGGUCCGCAUCCAGCGCUCAAGCGACCGAUCAAUGAUACGAUUCAACAACCUAAUAAUCGAGAAAAGGAGAUUAGAUAUCUUCAUGUUCUUCAUAGGUCUCACUCUGCCAUUCAAACUACUCUUGAGUUUGCCGGUCAACUCUUCUGUCUUGGUUACAACAUCUCUAUCCCGGCAGUUAACAGGCAAUCGCCCAAUAGUCGACCACCAUUUCUGGUAGACUGUCCCAAAUACCCAUUCGAUAGAUCAAAGAGUUAUUGGAAGGAGGCGCGCAUCAGUCGAGAUUUCAGGUUGAGAGAAGCUGUUUCCGGGGACACUUUGGGCGUGCGAGCGUCCGACUGGAAUCCCUUGGAGCCGCGUUGGAGAAAUUUCCUGAGCACUGAGUCUACUCCAUGGACUGCGGACCAUAAGAUGACUGAUACGGUUCUCUACCCGGCUGCGGGUAUGCUGAUAAUGGCCAUUGAAGCGGCCCAACAAAUGGUCCCCAAAGACCGAACAGUGCAAGGAUACCUCAUACAAAAGGCUGAAUUCAUGAAUCCUAUUAUCGUACCAGAGACUUGGGAAGAGCGCACUGAAACGCAAGUUCGAUUACGAUCAGUCAAAGGCCGACCGAAUAAUGACUGCUCAGUCUAUGAUGUCGCAAUAUUUUCGUAUUCACGCGACACAUGGACAGAGUGCUGCAACACGAGGAUUAUGGUAGAGUAUCACAAUUCAUCACCUCACGCAGUGGUUGAUGAAGAUAUUCGAGAUCUCCGUGAAUCAGCUGUUGCGUCUUGCACUUGCCCUCUUGACUCAAAGGUCAUGUACAGUGAUGCAGCCGAGCAGGGUCUUCAAUAUGGCGAGAUGUUUCAACUCCUCCAGGAGGUUUGUUGGGAUGGCAAGAAUUGCGCCUUGGGGCGCGUCGAUGUUAGGAACGCCAAGUUCAAAACAGCAAGCUUGGUACAUCCAGCUGUUCUGGAUCAAGCAUUCCAGGUUCUGCGAGUUAGUGCUGGACAGCAACGAGCUGCUAAUAUUCCAAUCCGCCUUGUGGAUGCAUGGUUUUCACCAUCCGGCUGGCAACAUCCAAAUAGCAGCUCUAUCCAAUGGGCUGCUCAAUCAAACUCGGGUUCCCAUGGAGAAAACAUUGUGACGAGUGGAGAACAGGGCAGUAUCUUUGCUUUUGCUGAAGAUGGAACUGUUUUAUGCCGGGUUCAACAAGCCGUCAUGGCAACUGUGUCAAAGGAAUCCGAGGAGAAGGACAAGACUUUGCUACACAGCAUCGAGUGGAAGCCACAGCUAAGUCUACUUGAUCAAAAACAGCUAUCGCGGAUGUACCCUACAAGCGCCAAGUUGGACGAGACAGCAAUGGUGGCCAACUAUCAGAAGCUUUGCUCGCUCCUGGAUACCAUCGCAGUGCGGACUGUUAGAACCUUGGAUCGUAUACAAAUCCCAGAAAGUCUUUUUCGACAUGUUCAGUGGCUUGACUUUCACGUUGAAAGAAUUCCCAUGUCCCAACAAGAGGAAUCUGUCAAAAUGAUCAAUUCUGAGCUUGACCUUUGGAUACAGGAAAUUGAAAGAGUUCUUCCGGCCUGGAAGCUGUACACUGUUUGCGCUCGUAAGCUAUUGAAUAUUCUUCAAGGAACGCUUGACCCGCUUGAAGUGAUCUUCAAAUCCGAUCUGGCAGAUAUCUUCUAUGCUUCUCUUUUUGAGAACAUAUGUGCUGAUGGGCGCCUUGCCAGUAUUAUAAAUCUCGCUUCACAUGAGACUCCCGCAAUGAGAGUCUUAGAGGUUGGCGCUGGUACCGGAGGCAUGACAGAGCAGAUUCUCGGAGUGUUGGAAGAGCGCGAGACUCGAACUGGUGCAUUCAGCUUUGCUGAAUAUUGUUACACGGAUAUUUCACCCAUGUUCCUGGAGCGUGCAAAGUCCCGCUGGCCUCGAUUUGAGAGUGACGGACGACUCAAUUUUCAAACUUUGGACAUUGCACAGUCAAUCGAGGGCCAAGGUUUUGAGCCGGCUUCUUAUGAUUUGGUUAUCGCGGCCAGCGUCCUUCACGCGACUCCAAGUCUCGCAAGUACGAUCCAAAAUGUUCGCAAGGCACUAAAACCUGGUGGUCGUCUCAUCUUACUUGAAGCAAUCAAGCCAGAGGACAUUGUCACCAAUUUUAUGGCUGGAUUAACGCCUGGCUGGUGGGUUGCUCGUGACAAGUGGCGUCUUCACUCACCUGCCGUAUCUGAGGCGGUAUGGGAUCAUAAUCUGAGAAAGAAUGGUUUCUCGGGGAAUGAUAUGGUCAUCCGGGACUACGAGGAUGAGAGCUGCCAUGUUGUGAGCAUCAUUGUGAGCACUGCAGUAGAGAUUCCAGAGCUUAGUACCCCCAGGCUUGGUACUAGCAACCUCGUUGUCGUGGUUGAUCAGAACUCCGACAUGCAAUCGAAUCUAGCAAAAUUAGUUCAUGCCACUCAUGACCCCCAUGGGACCUCGGUUCUCCACAUCUGUUCAUUCAAUGAAGAGGACAUCCAGCAGAUUCUUACCAAUACCAGGGAUAAUAUUGUUGUCUGCUUGGUGGAAGUAGGCAGCCCGUUGCUGGCCAAUCUUUCCGAGGAUGGCUUUAAGGCUCUGCGAAAAUUGAUUGCACUUGCUCCUAGACUCCUGUGGGUAACAGACUCAGGUACAAGUGCUUUAAGGGUUCCUGAAUUCAACAUUGUUCAAGGAUUUAUGCGCACAGUUCGCGCUGAACAACCAUCCAGUCACCUUGUGAGUCUCAGCAUCGAGGGUGAAUCUGACAGCAUGGCUUGUUCAAUUGCUAUAAGCCAGAUUCUUGAAACAUCUUUCGCCUUUCAGUCCCAAGAGAUUGAGUAUACCUUUAAGAAUGGGGUUUUGAUGACUGCUCGGGCUAUCAAAGAUGUGUGUGGCAACAAAGCAAUCCAAUCACUUCUUUCGCCACAGCUUGUCCAUAAUUCUUGGGGCAAAUUGGGGGCCGUGCAACUUGCUAUUGGCAACGAUAAUUCUCCUGUCUUUGUUCGGGACACAUUUUACGAGACCCCUCUAGAUCUCAACGAGGUGGAGAUCGAUGCAGAGUCUUGGAACUUCAUGAAACAUGACAGCCCCAGCACUUCUGACAGUUCUGCUCGCGUCGGCAGUUGCGGCGGUAGGAUCACUCGAGUUGGAAAUGAAUGUGAUAAGUCAUUCAAAAUAGGGGAUCGCGUUUGCAUGUUCACUCUCGAUCGCAUGCGCAAGUAUCCUCGAUGUCGGAACAGCGGAAUCGUGAAGGUUCCUCAAAGCAUGUCCAUUGAAGCAGCUACAUCGACACUUCAUCCAGCUUUGCUUGCAUAUCACGCUCUCAUUGAUAUUGCACAGCUUGGAGAGGGUGAUUCAGUUCUCAUUCAUUUUGCUGCCAGCAGCAUCGGUCAGGCUGCUGUCUGUAUAGCCCAGAAACAAAAAGCCCAGGUUUAUGCGACUGUAAAAUCAUCAGAGGAGAGGCAGUUCGUUCUGCAAACCUUGGGAGUGCCAGCUGAGAGAAUUCUCGAUGUCAAUGAUGCGCCAUUUGAAGCACUUGUUCUGCGUGCUACUAAGGAUGAGGGAGUGGAUGUUCUGUUCAACCUCUUAAAUGGUGACGAUAUCUUGCAAAAGUCUUCUCAGUGCGUUGCUGUCGGCGGACAAUUGAUUGAUAUUGGUCUUGCAAAUAUUGAUGACAGCCUCCAUCCUUCAUAUGAGAGGAUUUCGAGAAACAUCAUUUACUCGACCGUUGAUCUCUCGCGACUCCGCUCGAAGCUUUUGUCACGCCUACUCCACACUGUUAUGUCGUUGAUUCGAGAUGGCGAAAUCCGAAUUUUUGAUGACCCUCCAGUCUUCGGACUGUUAGAGCUUGAGUCAGCAUAUAAACAAAUUCAAGGCGAAGAGACAAAGGACCAGGUUGUGAUCACGGCAAGCACAGAUGAUGUUGUUCCGCAAUUUUUCAAAGAGCAUCCACCGUGGAAUUUUGACAAUUGUGCGUCGUAUUUAGUUGCAGGUGGGUUUGGCGGCAUUGGCCGAGCCAUUCUCCAGUGGAUGGUGGAGAGAGGAGCCAAAUAUCUGAUCGUACCAUCACGAUCAGGGGCAAAUUCCAAAGCUGCAAAAGAGUUAGUGUCUCAAUUGACAGCACAGGGAGUAACUGUUCAUGCUCCGCAAUGCGAUGUGUCAUCUCAAUCAAGUCUCUCGCAAAUGCUGGAUGAAUGCGCUCGGACGAUGCCGCCCAUCAAGGGAUGCAUCAACGCAGCAAUGGUUCUGCAAGACGGAAUCUUCCAAGAAAACAUGACAUUCGCCAAAUGGGAUCUGGCAAUGCAAUCAAAGGUUCAAACCUCAUGGAAUCUGCAUCAGCUGCUCCCUGAAAACCUCGACUUCUUUAUUCUCCUUUCCUCGCUUGCGGGUGUGGUCGGUCAGAUGGCCAGCUCCAACUAUGCCGGAGGAUGCACAUUCCAAGACGCAUUAGCGCGAUACCGAGUCUCUCAGGGCCAAACAGCCAUCUCAAUUGAUAUUGGCUGGAUGCGCAAUAUUGGCAUUAUCGCUGAGACGGGCGCCUAUCAACGUCAACGGCAAGCUGCGAAUGACAUGCGGCCAGUCGAUGGCGCGGAACUCCUUGCAUUAUUGACAAUAUGUUGUGACCCAGGGAACCCUCAACGUUCUCCAGUUGAAAGCCAAAUUUUGUUUGGUCUUCGGACUCCAGCUGAUCAUUUAGCGCGUGGAAAUGCUCCGCCAGCUUUGCUUAACAGGCCACUGCUGUCGACAUUUUCAUACAUUCCAGACUCGGGCGCCUCUGCCGAGCAAGAUGGGCUCAAAAAGAACGCUAUUGAUCCCGCUAUUCUGUUUCAACAGUCCUCGGACCCAAGUGAGCGCCAGCAAAUUUUCUUGCGUGCUCUGGCGGUUAAACUGGCAGGUUCAAUGUCUAUCUCACCAGAUGAUGUUGUGCCGAGCAAGCCCUUAUCAACCUACGGGGUUGAUUCCCUAAUGGCAGUUGAUCUACGAAACUGGGUUGGGACAACUUUCGGUGCCACAGUUGCCGUAUUUGACAUCAUGGGUGGCGUGUCUCUUGCAAAGAUUGCGGAUUUAGUGGCUGAGAAAGGCACAGUCAAGGGAAACUAG